AUAAAAGUCUUUAAUUUCACACAACAAAUGUUAUCCUUCACAUACUAUCCUUCAGAUAUUCAAAAUCCAAACUGGGAAAUUCCGUGGCAUUUCGGUUAAUUCGGCUCGACUUGGAGGGCAGCUAAACUGAAAACAAACUCAUCAUCAUAAAGCAUUUUGCUUCUCCCCUAAGCCAAUACAAUAAAAUCCUUCAUUUGAUUAAUCUGCUGCAACAACUACAACUACAACAACAACAAAUUCUCCAAAUAUUUUUUUCUUCUCCCUAUAAACAUAUUUCACUUUGCUAGGUUUAGGUUUUGUUGUUGUAAGCUUGUUUUACCGGUCAGAAAUGGGGCAACAGUCGUUGAUCUACAGCUUCGUGGCACGUGGAACUGUCAUACUAGCCGACUACACCGAGUUCACCGGAAACUUCACUAGCAUAGCAGCUCAGUGCCUCCAGAAACUCCCUGCUACCAACAACAAGUUCACUUACAACUGCGAUGGCCAUACUUUUAACUACCUCGUCGAUGAAGGCUUCACUUACUGUGUGGUUGCAGUUGAAUCUGUUGGUCGACAACUUCCUAUUGCCUUCCUUGAGCGAGUAAAAGAGGAAUUUACCAAUAAAUAUGGGGGAGGAAAAGCUGCAACAGCAGUUGCUAAGAGCUUGAACAAGGAAUUUGGGCCUAAAUUGAAGGAGCAGAUGCAAUACUGUGUUGAUCAUCCGGAGGAGAUCAGCAAGCUAGCUAAAGUAAAGGCUCAGGUUUCAGAAGUGAAAGGUGUUAUGAUGGAAAACAUAGAGAAGGUUCUUGACCGUGGAGAGAAAAUUGAGCUUUUGGUGGAUAAGACAGAGAAUCUUCGCUCACAGGCACAAGAUUUCAGGCAGCAGGGAACCCAGAUGAGAAGGAAGAUGUGGUUGCGAAACAUGAAGAUAAAACUGAUAGUUUUGGGAAUCAUAGUUGCCUUGAUUCUCAUCAUAGUUUUGUCCAUUUGUGGUGGCUUCAAAUGUUGAUGGAUACGGGGUACCUUCCUCUCCACAAAGAGUGUGGCUUUGUUUGUCUAAAACUUUUCACUGUGCAAUUUUUUCAUACAUUUUGUAGUUUAUUUCCUGCUUUAGCCUAUAUCACGAGACCGGGCUUGUAUAGUUUUGUAUUUUUGAAUCAUUUGAUACGACUCUUCUGUGUGUCGAAGUUUGCCAUUCUUUUCAUCUGUCGAAGAAAAUGACCAAUUGCAGAUACUGCAUUUCACCUUCCA